AGAAGGAGCGGAUGGUGGGGAGUAAGAGCGAGCGAGCCAGGGAGAGAGGCGCAGUCAGACAGUCAGGCAGGCCGCCCGGCAAGCAAGGAAGGCAGGCAGGCAGGAUAGCAGGCAGCCAGUGCACCAGCCAAGACCACUAGAUCCGCUCGGCUUACCGACUUAGAGACUUAAGCCGGCAGGCAGUCCGAAAGGCUCAACCGGCUAAGCCUGGCGGACCCACCUACUACCGACGCGCGGCCACUACACGUUCCAUCUACUACGAAAACCGACUAUACUACCGCGACCUGCGGCACCACUCGCGCUUUCUUACGUUUCCUCUGUCUGUCCCUCUUUCUCUAUCGCUUCUCCGUUGUUCCUUAACGUCCGCGUGCUCGCGAAGGUAAGAAGAGCGAGCGACGACGAACGCACCGUCGUCGUCGUCGUCGUCGUCAAGCAUCGACGGUGUCCGUGGUGUCGGGGCCGGUCCUCGUGGUGACUUUUCACGGUGGGAUACUGCUACCGGUCUUGUGCCGCGACGCUGCCUGGAUAAGUAGUCGUCUACCGGUGACGUUCGCGAACGAUCGCCGCGUCCCAGUGACCAAUAUACGUACUCCGUCGGAAAGUGUCGGCCGGUUUGUUCCGGGCUCUCGGGUGUCUUCGGGUGGCGCGUACGUUCGGUGGUGAUUUAACGCAAGUGUAUAUUGUUCCGGCGGCCGAAACGAAACACGAAGUGCGGUGCCGCGCGGGAUCUUCUGUGGAAAUCGUUGAAAAUCGUUCGCCGUGGACUUGACGUGGGGAUACAACAUUUCCUGUGCACCGGAAUGCGACGCUGAAUUCUGCUGCGUCGAUCAACGUCCCCCUCCUCCUCCUCCUCCUCCUCCGUCAGUUGGAAGAAUGCUCUGUGAUUAUUGACACUGAGAUUGCCAAGACAUUGCUCGGCUCGAUCGGAGCGAGAAAAUCGGAUCUUGAAAAAAGAAUUGUGCGAAACACGUCGAACUCGGUUACACAGUGCGGCACCGUUUAACCUACUUUCCGUCGCGGGUGUCUCAAAGUCUCCCACUAUUCCCGUCGCGUCUCUCGAUCCUUACGUAACGCGUCGCGGGCCGUCGCGGGCCGUCGCGGUUAUCUGAUUUCUUAGUUUGCUUGUAUCCGAGAGAGCGCUGGUGCACACGUGCGUCGCGCCGAGUCCUUCGGAGAGGAGCGGAAUCGGGACGGGAAUCAGGGUGAAAAAAAAGCGCAACUAAAAUCAAUAAACCGAUCCAUGGAAACAGUUGCCGCAGGACGACGAAUCCUUAGCGCGUGCACGUCGAAGAUCCGCGUGAAAUCGUUCGCUGAACAACAAGAUAAAUCGACGCGCAGCAGCGACGGUGAACGUCGGAUCGGAGAGCUAACCUUUUGACGAGUUGCCCAUCAAGAUAGCACUGAUGUCAACGGAACCUGUGACGAGUGAACGCAACGGACAGACAGAGGAGUCUACCUUCGAGUCGCGAUCGGUCGAGUCGCCGGCGGAACACGCUCGGGCCGAGCGGAUUCGUUGAGAAGGCCGCCCGCGUUCUCAUCCAUGUAACCCGUGCGCAGCGUUCAUCGCCGACGGCCGUCGCCAAGUGUAAAGUGUCCCCGUCUUACCGAGCAGCCGUCGUUUUCGGACGUCGUCGCGACUGCGAUCCGGUGUGAACGAAAAGCCGCCUUUAAAGCGUCCGCCUUCUCGUUCGUUCAUCUUGACUCUCGACGCGAACGCGAAGGGAGCUUGGAUCCUGCGUCGCGCGUUCCGCAGAUCAGUCAACACGACGUUAACCUUCUAUAGCAUGGAGCGGGGCGGCGGGGGCGGGGGCAGCCUCGAACUCGCCGGGGGUGGAGUCGGCGGCGGCGGGAACGCGGAUUUGUUGCUCCAGGAUCUCGUUACCGGAUCGACGACCGGCGGUCUAUCGGUCCAGCAUCAUCAGCACGCGUCCGCGGCCUCGGCCAUGGCCGGCCUACACGGCGAUCAUUUCCAAGGGACGAUGCACCAUACCGAUCUCCAUGGGAACUCGCAUCACGACACCACCAUGGUGCACAAUUCUAUUCAUCAGUUGCACGAACCGUUGGAAAAACUGAAACGUGUAUGGACACAGGGUGAAUUCCGGGACGAGACGAACGAGAGUUUAGCGAGGCUCGAUUCGACCGGCCACGGAUCUCACACGCCCGGCGGCAGCAAUCCGAGUAAGCAGGGCGCGACACCCACAGCAUCCUCCGGCGGAUUUUCUACCGCGCCGCCCAGGUCCCGCACGAACACGACGCACAGGCCGGAUAUACGAAAAGGUGUUCGGACACCGACAGAAGUGAAACACGAAUUGGGCGCUGGCGGAGGGGUGGUUUCCCCCGUUGGCGUUGUCGGCGUGAACGACGCGGACGAUAAGGACGGGAAGAAGAACAAACGGCAAAGGCGGCAGAGGACGCAUUUCACGUCGCAGCAACUUCAGGAGCUCGAGCGGUUUUUCGCGACGAAUCGUUACCCGGACAUGCCGAGCAGAGAAGAGAUGGGUCAGUAUCUGCGGCUUGCUGAGUCACGUGUCAGAGUAUGGUUCAAGAACAGAAGAGCAAAAUGGCGGAAGAAAGAGCGGAACGCGUUGAACGCUGCGGCGGCAGCCGCGGGCGAGUUCAAGGCCAGCUUCGGCACGACCAGCCUGAACGGGUUCAUCGGUCAGCCGUUCGCGGACCCGGACGCGCUGUACAGUUCGUACAGCACGUACAACAACUGGGCGGCGAAGGUACCGUCGCCGUUGGCGACGAAAAACUUCCCGUGGGUGAACACACUGGGUUCGGUGGUACCGACGGCGUCGCACCAUCAUCACCACACGCAGGUGAGCCCGGUGAACUGUUUCAACGCGGCGACGUCGGUCGCGGGCAGUCACAUGGGUGGCAUGUCGGUGUCGGUCGGCCAGGCAGCCACGUCUAUGCUGCCGGGAAUGGGCUCCGGGCUAGGCGUAGCCGGCUCGCCGGUGGCGGCAUCUGGCGCCGCGUGUCCGUACGCGACGCCGGCCGCGCCCCACCACCCGUACGGGCCGCCGGUGUACACGCCCCACCACAGAACGACGGUGGCGCCGGAGAUGACGUCGAGCAGCAUCGCGUCGCUGCGGCUGAAGGCGCGGCAGCACAGCAGCGGUUACAGCGGCCUGAGCGGCAGCUCGUUCAGCAUAGACAGCACGCCGGUGUCGGCGGCCGGCAGCCCGGUGAGCUCGCGAGCGUCCUCGGUGGGCGGCGGCGGCGGGCUGAGCGCGUGCCAGUACGCAUUGGCGUCGGGCGGCGACGGUGGUAACCCGCACUCGCCCGGCAGCACAGAGGCCCACGUGAACGUCACAGCCAGGGCCCAAGUCUGAGGUGAAGCGGGGGCUACCAC